AUGAUUCAACAUCUGAUAGUCAUCUUUCUUGGUGUUUUAGAAGUGAUUUCGGCUCGAACACCAGCCGGACAGAAUUUGAUUUUUUAUUUUAGUUGAUGGGUAUGGAUCAACACUUUUGAAUAAUUCAAAACCAGACUCGACUUUUGGUAAGUUCCCAGAGAGUUUUGAAAAUUAAAAAAAAUCGAAUUUUUCAGGUGUCCGACAUUUAGCCACUAAUGGUGUUCAGGUAGAUUAUGUUACUCCAAGUUUUCCAACACACACAUGGCCACAGUGGAUGAGUUUAGCAACAGGUAGGAUAUUGAAACAGUUUCAAACUGUAAGAAAAAUUCAUUUUACUACCCUAAAUUGUUAGAAUUCAAAAUUAAAAAAAAAUUUUGAGGUAGAUCAAAAAAGUUUUUCUCUUAAUCUAUUAUUUUGAACGCCCAAAGUUUGCCGUUCAAUGUUUUCAGUUGUUUAAAAAAAGUUCACAGUCUACACAAAAAUCACAUGAUUUUCAAGAAAUUUGAGAAUUAUCCCACCUGUUGUUGUUGACUUUUCAUUUCAAUAUUUCACUGAAAAACUGCCAUUUCCAGCCGGAAACUCUCCAAAAUCAUGUGUGGGUGUUCAUAAAAAGCAGACGUGUUCAGAGAUGAUCCAUUUUCUUGAUCAUCAUUAUUUUUAUUAUCGAUGUUAGUUUUCUGAAACAUGUUUUCUCUCCUCUCGUCUCGUUGUCGUUUGUUUUCAAACAUCACAGAAAUGCAUUACAUAGUCUCCUGAUAAAUUUGAGACAAGAGCAAAAAAUUUGAUGAAUUGAAUAUUCAAAAAGACACAUGUUGUUGGAUUGGGUUGUAAAUUGAGUUUUUCGUGAUAUAUGUAUUUUCUGUGUGUUUCGAAAUUUGAAACCGCUCAAUGUAAGAACAAGAUGUAUACAUAUUUUUUCCAGGUUUAUAUACAGAGAAUCAUGGAUUCACAGCGGAUUACAUGUGGGACUCACAAACAAAUAAAUCAUUUGAAAGAGGAAGUGGUCCAGAUGAUCAAGACGAUGUUUGGUGGAAGGAUGCUAGAGCCCCAUUUUGGUAUACCGCUGGAAAAGCUGGUGUUGAUGUGCAUUGUUAUUGGUUUGCUCAUUGUCAUGUAAGCAUUUACUAGCAAGUUACCAUAAAUAGUUUUUGGGAUAAAACAUAGUCAUUUUUUUCAUUUUUUACCCGAGAAAUAUGACAUUUAGCCUUUUUUCUGAUUCCAGAAACUAGUCAUUAUAUUAUUAUUUUAUCCAUAUUUUUUGUAGAGAACAUUCUAUGAUAUGGUUGUUCAAGUUCCACCAAACCGAUGGGCCAAUUUGGAUGAUGAACAUCAAACUGACAACUUCAGAGAGAUUUUCCCAGAAAUUAUCAACAAGAUUAAGAAGUAUCAAGGUUAUAAAAGACAGGUAAGAUAUUGGAUGGAGAGAAUACAGUAGUUUUUCAUCUGAAAAAAUUAUUCGAAUAAAUUUCAAUGCAAAUUGACUCUUGGCCUACAGAAAUUUCAAUUUCGCCCAUUUUAUUUCGAUAUACUUUUCCAAAAAAAAUGCUUGUUUUUUCAGAUGUUCUUAAUUCGCUAUGCAAAUAUUGGAGUUGCCCAAAGAAAAUAUGCUCCAGGAUCUGAUGAGAUUGAAUCCGCCGUGUCACUUUUUGAUCUUUACAUCAAUGAACUUCAGGUAACCUUCCCAUUUCCCUCUCAUCUUAUCCCAACUCCAAAUAUACCCAUAUUUUCAGCAACAACUCGAAGACAAUGAUUUAUUUUCAUCAACAAAUCUUGUUGUAAUGUCUGAUCACGGUUAUACACCACUCAAAAAAGACGAUGAAUUUGUUAUGGAAAUUUGCCUCCCAGAUUUUGCAAUUGUCAAAAAAGUUGUUAAUUCACAUUCUAUGGCUAUGGUUUACACCGAUAAUGAAGACGCAACUACUGUGAGUUACACUAAUUUGAAAAAAAUAAAGAAAUGAAAAACAUUUUUUAAUUAUUCAGGCUCACUAUGAAUUCAGUGUUUGUGAGAGUUGGUCACCAAUGGGUGAUUAUGAUAGUGAUGAUUCACCCUUUGUUAAAACUCAUAGUGUAAGUAUUUUAAUCAUGGGCGGGUUUUGGAUAUUUUUUAUGCGAAAAUUUUAAAAAUUUUAAAGUUUGAAAAAACUAAAGAAUUUCUAGAAAAAUUAAUAUGAUUUUUUAUUUUGAAUCAUCGAGUUCAGAUUUUAUUUUUAAAAAAUUGUUUAGAAAAAUUGUUUCUGGAUAAAAAAAAGUAAGUGAACUUCUUAAUUUCAGGUCGCCGAAAUCCCAGACGAUCUUCAUUGGAAACAUUCAGCUCAUAUGAGUGGAGUUGUAUUGAUGACAAAACCAGGAACAAUUCUUGUUACAAAAGAACUGCCAUCAGUCCCAUCAGCUGCAAAACAAUUAGUCGAACAAAAACAAGCAUCAGGUUGGGACCCAUCAGUUGAAGAUAUGAAAGCGAUUUUCGUCGCUCGUGGACCAGCAUUCCGUCAAAACGAGAGAUUUGGACCAAUUGAAACUGUUGAUGUUUAUCAAAUGAUCUUGAAUAUUUUGAGUCUUGAAGCAUCUCAUCCACAUAAUGGAACAUGGGCAAAUAUUGAGAAUAUGUUAACGGAAGGAUGGGAAGAUAGACAGAAAACCGAAAAAUCAGCAAAUUCUUUUUCUUCUUUUUCUAUUCUUUUCUUUUAUAUUCCUGUGCUUUUGUUGUCAUUAUACUCAUAUCUAGUGUGA